AAGAAACAUUUUGACAUUUGUUGUUCCGAAAACAAAAAGAUCUUGAAUCUUCGUGCAUGUUGAAACUUGACUUGAAGUUUCUAUUUGAAUUUGUUUAGUUUCUCAGUUUAUUAUACUGUAAUCUAAUUAUCAGUGACUAAAUAUUGAGCUGUUUGUGUAGAGAGUGCUCACAGUUUACAAACAGUUCGAGUACGUAAAAUAUCGACAAGGACAAUUUGUUGUAAAAUUACCAUACAAAGAUUUAAAUGUGUCGGUGAUAGUGAACUGCUGUGCGAGACAACAUGACAGCCACAGCAUCUGCAGUCACUGCCUCAGUUGAUGAAGAUUUGGACGAGUGUGGACCUCAACUUAUUACGAAGUUAGAGGGCAAUGGUAUAACAUCUGGAGACAUCAAGAAGUUAGAAGAAGCAGGGUACCACACAGUAGAGUCAGUAGCAUAUGCUCCUAAAAAAUGGUUGAUCACUAUAAAAGGUAUAUCAGAAGCUAAAGCUGACAAAAUACUUGCAGAGGCUUCAAAGUUGGUGCCUAUGGGCUUUACCACUGCUACAGAGUUUCAUCAGAAGAGAUCAGAAAUAAUUCAGUUGACUACAGGUUCAAAAGAACUGGACAGACUACUGGGUGGAGGCAUAGAAACUGGAUCCAUAACAGAAAUAUUUGGAGAGUUCAGAACUGGGAAAACUCAAAUAUGUCACACUUUGGCGGUUACAUGCCAGCUCCCCAUAGAACAAUCGGGAGGCGAAGGGAAAUGCAUGUACAUAGACACAGAGGGUACAUUUCGUCCAGAGCGGUUGCUGGCAGUCGCUCAACGCUACGGCAUGGAUGGGGCCGCUGUACUGGACAAUGUGGCGUAUGCUCGCGCGUACAACACUGAUCACCAGACUCAGUUGUUGGUGCAAGCCUGUGCUAUGAUGGCUGAAUCUAGAUAUUCUCUGAUAAUAGUGGACAGUGCCACCGCUUUAUACAGAACUGACUACUCAGGUCGUGGGGAGCUUAACUCCAGACAACUACAUCUUGGACGGUUUAUGAGGAUGCUGCUUCGAUUGGCCGAUGAGUUCGGCGUAGCAGUUGUCAUAACGAACCAAGUAGUGGCCCAAGUUGACUCAGUGGGCGUGUUCAACGCUGACACGAAGAAACCUAUUGGUGGACACAUAAUUGCGCACGCGUCGACGACCCGCCUCUAUCUACGAAAGGGGAGGGGCGACAAUAGAGUGUGUAAAAUCUACGAUAGCCCAUGUUUGCCUGAAACUGAAGCUAUGUUUGCUAUAAGUAAUGAAGGAAUUACUGAUGCCAAGGAAUAAAUGCACUUUUCAGUUUUAACAUAUUUGUAAGCAUUUUUCACUGUAUCUAGUUUGUGUUUGAGAAUUUUAGAGUAUUUUCUUGUCUGUUUGAUAACUGUAUAAAUGUAUUCUGACGAACAGAUUGUUAUUUUUAUGCACUUUAGAUUAGAAAGUCGAUUAUAUUUUUUGUCAGUCAGAAUGAAAACAAAAAAUGUUUAAUAAAAAUGCUACAUAACACAUUUGGCUAUUUUUAUACUACAUAAUUAUAAUCUCAUAUUGUAAAUAAGUGAUCACUAAUACUAAAAUAUUGUAUGAAGUAAAUAAAACAAGAUAUUUAUAAUAAAUAUUAUGCGUUUAUUUUCUCAAAUAUGGCUUACAACGGUUUAUAUAAAUUGCAAGUACAUACGAACAUUAAAAAUAAAGCAAAUACAUAUUUCAGAACAAAACUUAUGAAUGUCCAUAAUUCCAUAUUAUCGAAAAAUAAAAACAAAAAAUAUACGGUUGAUUUAUUCAAUUUACAAUUUAUAUAAAAUUUGUAUUCUGCAUCAACAUUAUUAAAUGGUUUAUUAUAUUCAAAAUAGUUGAUAUAUAAGGCUGUAUUAUUGCUUGAGUAUAUUAUAUCAUAAUAAAUAUGCUUUUGCUUUGCGUAGUCCCCUCUAUACGACCGGUAACUCGGUUACAUAAUAAAUAGGUAAAUGUACAUACAUAAGGCCUAUUAUUUCAAUCCUAAAUGUUACUUUACAGUCUAUUUUUGUUGGAUUAUGCAAUUAUGGAGAUAAACAUUGAAUAUUAUAUUCUAUUUUCUAUUAUUCUGAACACUAUGUAUGCAUCAAGCUGAUUUUUUAUUGUAAAAUAUGUAUUUGAGAGCAUGGUUACACAUUAUUAAGGAACUACAUUAUCAACCAAUCCUAAAUUAUCGGCGAUCCUGCUAAAAUACACUGCAAAACUAUUACUACACACCCCUUAGAAAAUAGGUAUAUCGCUAAGAAAAUUUAUAUGUAUAAUAUAAAUAUGUAUGUACUGAUUUUUAGCACGCUAUUGUUACUACAAUAUCUGUAUCAUAAGACCUGUUUAAAACUAUCGACUAUAGGAAUUUUAAAAUGUCUACAAUUAUAAUUAUAAAUGGAAGUUUUUGAAGGCAGAAUUAGAAAUGCAACUUUAUUUUUUAUACACAACAAAUGAA